GUUUGCAUCGUUUCUCUCGCUUUCACAGUCUUUAGCAUCCCCCUCAGGUCUUGACGACCACUCCACACUCGUUUUGGGUCUGGUACCCAUAACCUUGUUUGAGUCUUUCCAGCACUCUUUCACAAAAGUUACUCAGCAUGAAGUUCUCCCCAGCAUUCAUCGCUGCGGCCAGCAUCAUCGGCUUGAGCGAUGCUGCGCCAAAGCUUCACGACCGCCAAGCCGAUCCGUCUACGUGCGCCUGCUAUGGUGGUGGGGCACCAUCGGGCUAUGGGCCUACAGUGACCCAUACCCAGACACUUACCUCGACUGCAACUAUUACCGAGACACAGACGCACACAGCUGUUCCAGAGUCCGACACUGAAGUCUCGCCGACCGAGGGAAGCAAUGACAAGCCACCUGCCUACGGAGCUCCGGGCACCACUUCCGCCGCUCAGCAAUACAGCUACAGCAUUGUCACCGUGACUAUCACGAACGGCUAUGGUCAGCCAUCUGUGUCCCAGUCUACCGCCUCUGUGCCAAUCGAGGAAUCGAGUUUGACCUCUGGCGCACCUGAAGCCCCUCCUGGGUAUGGUGCGUCGAGCGGCGUUGUCAUCAAGCCCGUCACCAGCGCUCCUGCAUUCACAACCGGCACCGCAAUUCUGUCAGGUGGCUCUAGCGCGCCAGCUUCCACCGAUUCCUCUCCAAGCCCACCUACAGAUGGUGGUGACGAGCCGGCCCCACCUGGAUACACUACCAGCGUCACGAACAUCGAGACCACCUAUGCAACCACGUGCCUUGCCAGCAGUGUCUACACGACGGACGGCACUACGAUUACCACGACUUAUGACUCUUCGACUACUUCCACUGUCACUUCAACCAUUAGAUCUACCGUUACUGUGCCAGCUCCCGGCAGCACAGAAGUUUCCCCUACCGAGGGUGUGCCAGGGUACACUUCAAAGGAUGAAGACAGUCCAACGACGACCUCACCUCCGGAUUCCCCUCCUGAGUAUUACACUACCACAAUUGCAUCCACCACCGAGGUCAUCGUUACCUCUUGUGCGCCAAAUGCGUACGAGUGCCCAGCAGAUAGCACUGUGAAAUCGACGAGCACCGUCUACUUCACGACCACAGUCUCCGGCACUCAACCAAGCAACACCGACGUCUCGCCAACUGGAUCAUCACCACCAGGACCUCCUGGCUAUGGUCACUCAAGCUUGACGUAUUCCUACACGUUCUCUGCCAACACCACAAUUGUUUCUCCUACUGGAGGAUCUGGCUACCCAGUUCCACCUGCUGACUACUCAUCGAGCUCAGGCUCAACUGAGGUCAGCCCAACCCAAUCUACGUCUGCUCCGAUCUACCCAACUGGACCACCAAGUUAUGGAUCUCCAUCUAGCUCCAGUGGUGGCUCUAUUCCAAGCUUCUCGUAUGUCCCAUCUCCGAGCUCGAGCUUGGCCUAUCCAAUUGGAUCCAGUAGUGCUCCUACUGCACCUGCCUACGGCGGCUCUUCCUCAACUACUGCCUAUGCAUCAUCUUCUAGCAUCGCCUAUCCUGUAGGCUCCAGCAGUGCUCCUACGGCCCCGGCCUAUGGCGGCUCAACCUCUGCACCGGCAUACCCUCAGUCCUCUGCUCCAGGAUACGGUGCUAGCAGUUCAACCACUUCCUUCAUUUACCCAAUUCCAAGCAGCAGCACUGAGUCCAGUCCUGAGCAGUCCAGCUACGCUCCACCUGGAUAUGGGGGCUCCUCCUCUUCGGUCGCCUACCCAGUCUCCUCGAACACCGAGAAGCCCCAGCAGUCCACCGGCGUUCCACCAAGCUACGGAGGUAGCUCUUCUUCCUCCACAGGCAGCACUGAAGUGAGCCCAACCCAGACCUCGAGCGCCGAGGUUCCUCCUGGAUACGGACAGCCAAGCUCUUCUUCUGAAGCCAGCCCAGAACAGACUUCUAGCGCAGCUGUGCCACCAGGAUACGGAUUGCCAAGCUCUUCCUCUUCUACUACUGAAGCCAGUCCAGAGCAAACUACCAGCGCCGCGCUUCCACCCAGCUAUGGUGGUGGUGAGACAACAACAAAGACUACCGAAUCCAGCCCCGAGCAGACCACCAGCCCCGCUUCUCCUCCAAGCUACGGCGGUGGCGAGGACACGCCAACUUCUUCCGAAGCCAGCCCAGAGCAAACUUCAAGCGCCGCAGUCCCUCCAGCCUACGGCUCUCAAAAGCCGUCCGAGACUGAGUCCUCUCCAGAGGAGACUGCACCACCAUCAUAUGGCGGAAAUGACAACGACUCCGGCAAGCCAGACAACUACGAACCAGAAAAGCCAUCGAAGACCGAGUCUUCUCCAGAGCAGACUGCGCCACCUUCAUAUGGGGGCAACGACAACGGCAGCAAAGACAACGAGGCCGAAAAGCCAGACACCUACCCGAAACAACCAAACAGCUACAAGCGCAGCAGGAACGCCCGCAAGUUCCGCGGCUAAACAGCACAUCCACUUACCUAUCUUACAACUGAGCUGCAACUAGCAGUCAAAGCACCAAGCUUACCACAUGUCUUGAUAAUCCCUUACCUACAACAAGACAAUCGGGCACAGUCAAAAGGGGAACACGGGAUCUAUGGACACGGAAAUGGGCAUGGAUAUGAGACUUGUACGAAUAGCAUAUCAAACAACAGCAACAAAAUACUUGCACAGACAAAAACAGAGAACAUUUGCACAGAAUUGGGAUGAAGGCAUGAGAGUAUUGCAUAUAGAC